AGAUGAUUCUUGAAAAGAAAGUGAACAGCCGUCCAAAGGAGCAAAUGCAGAGAGAAGACAUUCAGUUAAGUCAGUCUCAACCCAGACCCUUUUUGCCAUAUUCCAAUUCUGCGACUUUAACCACCAGGAAAAGCCAGAGAGCACCAACACCGCCUCUCCUAAAGCAUCCACACACGCAUGCUGGAGCUACAGCUCAUGUCCAGCCAGAAGUAUCCAGCCAGAGUGAAGACGGAGCGAGAUCUCUAUGUCAGAGAUCGAGGAUCAGUGUGAUCUACAACCCCAUAACACACUCUACUGUUCAAACAGGUAAUGCAAAUUCUGGUGCUGUGAUCAGGAACUAUUCUGCACCACCUCCGCAACAGGCAAGAACCGCCAGCAAUGGGAAACCGAGGAGACAAAAUACACGGGCAAAUGCAAACACUCAGCUACUUCCUACAAGUGUACAGAACCUUUGUAAUAAUCCAAGAAAUACUCAGUUUCACAGCAAAGAUGUUCACCCCCUUCUGAAAUCCAGUAAAAAGAUGUUCCAUAUUACUGCAAAUGUGGGAGCUGCUGGUGAUCCAAAAGCAUCAAUGGGCAGUUACUCUCAGGCCUAUGGAACCAUAUGUCAGUCUGCACUGCAGAGUCUUCCAAUAUCAAAUUCCUCCCAGCAACAUGAGUAGCAAAUAUGGAAGAGUUCUAACCAGGUCUCAUGCGUCCCCUGACUCCACCAGGAACAGCAAGUGAGAGCUAAAUAUAAAAGGCAUUUGAUCGUCGCCCCAGCCAAAGAGAAAUGCCGUAUUCAUUGCUUGGGACAACGUACUACCUUCCUCGGGACAAACCAGCAGGGAAAAGAAAUGAAUCCUUUUACCUUCCAGUCUUCCCAGCACAGCAUUAUUUGCUCCCAUACCAUCACAGUUCUGUCCACAGUCCUUACUUCCAUUACUGCAAAAAAUUACAGAAAGCUGCGACGUUCUGAUACUUGACUGUCUUUACACAUAUUCAGAUUUCUUCAGUAGGUUCAGAUGUACUGCCUAAAUCCAGACCUUUUUUGUGCAGAAAAAGUAACCAUCUAUUUCCUGAAGACCAAGACCGAACUCCUCACAGAUAAUGUUAAAGCCCUUCAUUUUGUAUUACACUAAUUUGUAUACGACUCUUUCAGGGCAAGUGAAUGAACCUGAACAAACACAAUCAAUGAUGAUUACUUUCAACAAAAUCAAGUAGAAAAGCAUUUUACAUAUGGGUGGGCUCUGAUACAAGACUUAGUACUAUACCUACCAUGUAUUAAUAAUGUAUGUUGUAAGUACUGCAAUAAUAAAUCUUCUGUGUUGCCCUACAGAAAAAAGUUUAUAGUUUAGUGGAUGUUUGCAGUCUUUUAAAGGGGGAAAGAUACAAGGGAUGUCUUGUUCAACACAUCAGACGAUGGUAACUUUUUUUCUUUCAGAAAGCAAGAGAUGCUAUUGCUGCAACAUCAUGAAGCUGUCACUAGGCAGCAGUGGGACUAUACUGUCACAUUGCAUGGUUCUCACUGGUCCUUUACAUAUAGUCAAUUUUGAAACUUUUCCUGGUUAAAAGCUGAUUUUUUAUACAUUCUUCUUAUUUAAUUUCUACAGGUCUCUGUCCCUGAAAUUUUACUUCACUUGUGAAAAUUUAGUGCUAUUCCAGAGCUUUGGAACUAUGGUUAAAGAGGGAAUUCAAACAUUAAACUGCAAAAUGUGAGUACUGCUGCCAUUGAUAGCUUGUCCAUUUUAUUUUUAGUACCUAAACACCAAAGCCUGUAGUUAAAUUAAAAAGAAAGCAGCACAUUUAUUUCUGGUAUCCAGUCUGGUCACAUAAGUCUGGUAGGGGGUUGGAAAUGCAGCUCACAGGGAAGUCCUGUUUUCUCCUGGUGUAUUCAUAAACUAGGCAUGUCCUGCCUAUCUCAGGAACAGUUAGAAAUAGUAAAGGGCAGUGACAGGGUUGUGCAGGGAGCACCCUGCAGUGUGUUGACCCUUGUAGUCUAAGAUGCCAGUUCUCAUUUGCUGAAAGAGGAGGCUGGUGCUUAUUUUAGGGUUGCGAGUCCACUGAAACGGUAGCACCUAGCGGUUUGAUGCUACAAUGAAACAUCUCAUAGGUCUUUUCCAACCUUGGUGAUUCCAUGAUUCCAUGAUCUAACGCUCUCUGUGAACUAGUCUCAGGCUGAGAAAUGAUGGACUAUAACACAAGCUUUGUAACAGUCUUAAAAUGGCUUUUGUUAUUACCAACUGAAUUAUUCAGCUCACAGGAGAAAGACUUAGGGGUCCUGAUGGAUGAAAGCUGGACAUGAGCCAGCAGCUUGCGGCCCAGAAGGCCAACUGCAUCCUGGGCCUCAUCAACAGAACCGUGGCAGUGGGGCAGGGUGGGGAUUGUCCCCCUCCACUCUGCCCUUGUGAGGCCCCAUUUGGAGUGCUGCAUCCUGGCCUGGGGCCCCCAGUACAGAGAAAUGUGAGGCUGUGGGAGCAGGGCCAGAGGAGGGCACAGGGUUGCUCAGAGCCUGCAGUACCUCUACUAUGGAGAAAGGCUGAGGGAGCUGGAGGUGUUCAGCUCGGAGGGGAGAAGGCUCCGGGGAGACCUCACUGCAGCCUUCCAGUGCCUGAAGGGAACCGAUGAACAGGAGGAGGACUGAUGUUUUACGUGGCCUGAUAGUUACAGGACAAGGGCGAGAUUUAGAUUAGAUAUUAGGAGGAAAAUUGUUACUCAGAGGCAGUGAGGCCCUGGCACUGGGGGUAGCCCAUCCCUGGAGGUGCCCGAGGCCGUGGAUGAGGCCCUGGGCAGCCUGAGCUGGUGGGGGGCACCCAGCCUGUGGCAGGGGGUUGGAACUGAUUAAUCUGUAAGGUUCCCUCCAACCUAAGCCAUCCUAUGACAAUGAUUCAUUCAGCAAUAUUUGCAUAUAACCCACAACAGCUGCUAAUCAACUUAGCACUUAAAGAGAUGAGUCACUCUAGCUCUGGUCAGGGACAUACUUGUACACUGAACACAGCGUGAUAAAAUUCUACCAACCUAAGCAACUAAAGCAAAAUUCUAACAUGAUUGUGUAAUCUGCCACUACAGAAAUAAUUAGAUUUCCACCAUCUCUUACAGAAUGAUAUCGGAGCAGGUAGCUUGGGGAAAGGCUGGGGAAGUAAGAAACUAUUUGAAUUACACAAAACGGGGCUAGCGUAUGUCACAUAUAGUAUGUGUGUAUGUAUACAUAUAUAAUAGGAUAUAAAACUAUGUAGAGGAUAGAGCAUGGUUAAGCUCUAUCUGUAUCAUCUGACAGAGAACAAGUGUUGUAAUCACUGCAGUCCAUCUUGGGACUCCUCAGGAAGAAGAUCUGAUUCUGUACUAAAAUGAUGUAUGUGUACAGCAAUGAUUUAUGAAUGUGUACCUACGUAACUGAUUGCAGUUUCUUUCUGAAAUAGUACACAUUGGUAUCAUAUGGAAUAUGAGUAAGAAACCCACUUCAGCUUUUUUUCCAAUUUUGACUAGCUCUUCCCUACUUUUUCCUCUCAAGUUUACUUCUAGGUUGAAUUUCUUACAUUAAAAUGAUAAAUUCCCAUGA